AUGUUUUAUCUCAUACUGCAGAACGCAGGUUAUGUCCAAGGAUGUGUUCUUAGACGAGGCCAGAUACCGAAUCCGCACCGCGAAGGCAGGUAUUGGCAUUGGUCCGACUUCAAUGUCGGCGAUGAAGUUAGUUUCUACGGAAUCAUUUACAAGUUGUGCGGCUGCGAUCAGUUCACCAGAAAAUAUUUGACGAGCAUGGGUGUAGUGGUGGCCGAUAAUGAACCAGUGAUCGAGGACCCUUACAUCUUAAUUAGACAAAUGACACAGCAGCGGGAAACCGAAAAAUCAAAAAUGUCUAGUUUGGCAUCCAACGGUGGAUUUGCCGAGGAAAGGCUCAAAAACUUUUUUAAAUACGAUGCGAUGGCUCUGAGGUUUUACGCGACCUGGAAUAGUGAUAAUUCGGAUUCCACAGAGGAGAAGUACUUCGUAAUCAUUUAUUACCUAACUGACGAUAUGUUACAAAUCAGUGAAUCAAAAACCAUGGGUAAUAAAUGUGAGCUGAAUCAAUCUGGUAUGUUUUUAAGCAAAAUUAAACUACCCAAAAAUUGGUCAAAUUUACCAUCAAACUUUCCGUCUAUUUAUUUAGAAGCAGGAGUUGAUGAAUAUCAAGGAUAUUAUGGACUAAAAGAUUUCAUAAUAGGAAAUACAAUAGAUGUAUUGGGUCGUAGAUUUAUAAUAUAUGACUGUGAUCCGUUUACUAGAGAUUACUUCAAAGACAUUUUGAAAAUUAUUCAACCUGAACCCAUCCAACCAAUAAAACUAAACGACAAUAAUUUAACUGUGAAACAAAUGGCGAUACCACCUCACACUGGUAUUGGUGAUCCAGACGAUACGCGUCAGAAUUGUUUAUCACUUGUACCUAAACCACCGAAAACUUUGGAUUUUGUUACGUUCGUGCUUAACGCAAGUAAAAAACUCAGGUAUAAAUUGAAGAUGGUACCUGUGUAUGAAAUAGACAGCCUUCGUGAUUUCAUCAUGGAAUUUUGCCUUGGCAACGAUCAAAUGUGUAUAGUUGAAUUAGCUGGUAAGAAUAGUGGAUUCAUUCAAGGACGGUUCAUGUCAGCUUCACGAUUACGGAAACCUGGUACCAGUGUAGAUGAAAAUCAGUUCUAUGGGCCCAAAGAUUUUGCUAUUGGUGCGGAAGUGUAUGCAAAAGGUUUGGUAUUCAUAAUUACCGAGUUGGACUUGUGGUCGUACAAUUAUAUGAAUGAACACAAAGAUAUGUUUACACAAGAUGCGAUUGAUGGAGCUAAACAGUUUUUGGAAAGCAAAAAUUUGUUAAGCAUUGAAGAAAAAGUGGACGUGGACUUGCCCGCGGACGUGCCCGCGGACGUACCCGUGGACGUACCCGCGGACGUGCCCGUGGACGUCUUAUAA